AUGUUCGGCGAAGGUCGCAUCGUCAAGAUCAUCAACCCACUGAGUGGCAAAACACCUACAUAUGUCAAGAACUCAGCCCACUUCGUCUCACUGGUUCAGGCCAUGCGACCUUCGCCGAACAUGCAAAUGGUAAGCUUCGAUGUGGUGAGUCUGUUCACCAAUGUGCCCACUACCGAAGCUCUGAGCAUAGUGAGGACAAGACUGGAGAGCGACGAUACACUGCCCGAAAGAACGACAAUCCCGACUGAUGACAUCAUGGAACUCCUGACAUUCUGUGUCACCACCACCGCCUUCCAACUGGGCGAUGACUACUACCAACAAACUGAAGGAAUGGCCAUGGGUUCACCCCUGUCACCGGUGAUCGCCAACAUCUACAUGGAACACUUCGAGGAACUGGCCUUACAAACAGCACCACUGAAACCAUCCCUGUGGCUGCGAUAUGUCGUCCUGUGGGACCAUCGCGAGGACAUAACACCGUUCCUAGACCACCUCAACAGCCUCCGACCCUCCAUCCAAUUCACAAUGGAAACAGAAGUCGACAACAAACUACCAUUCCUUGACGUCCAAGUGGAGAAAUCUGAGGAAGCAUUCAGAACAUCGGUCUACCGCAAACCAACAGCGACCGACCGCUACCUCAACUUCAAGUCACACCACCCAGACACAGUCAAGAAAGGCAGAGAGUGUGAUAGCAGACCAGUUGAUCAGCCCUAA